AUGCCUCUAUACUCGGGAUAUCACCAUCCGGUUCAGUAUCACGGCCAUCCCUACUACCCCCAGCAACUCUACCAUCCGUCCUAUCACCACCCGUAUCAGCACCCGUUGCCGCCACGGCCUUUUCCGCAGCACCCGCCACCGCACUCUCCCGUGGUCGUCUCCUCGCAUCCGGCCAUCCACUCCGUCGCUCCCGCCCACCGCCAGCACGUCCGCACUCCGCCGGUCGCCCACACCCACACGCCUCCCGCCGCUCCUUUGGUCGCGCACUCCCCGGCUCCGCAACCUGCGCCUGCGCUCGCCAUUGCGCCCGCGCCCGCGCCCUCGACCCCUUCGGUAUACGCGCAGUCCUUGGUGUCGCCUUCGACGCCGACCACGGCGCCUAGCACCACGACGCCGCCACUCCCUGCCACCGCGAGGCAGUCGGCUCCCGCCGCCAACGCGCCUCCGGCGCUUGGCCGCAGGAUGCCGUUCUGGCCCCAGCUCCCAUGGCACUCUCACCCUGAUGAACCGUUUCCCCCCAAGGCGCGUCGGCAACGGCGGCGUCGCCACGACCUGCCUGCGUCGACCGAGCCUGUGCUGGAACUUCCGACAAGGGAUCAAGUAUUGGAGGCCGAGCAACCAGAGGAACACACCGAGUCUCAAGACUCGACGUUGGCCGCCGCAUCGGAACGCGAGACGCCCGCUACGUCGCAAGCGCCUUCGGAGGCGGAUUCCACCCACCCCACGACUCCUUCUUCCACCUUGCCUGCUUCUACUCCUCGAGCCCAGCAGACCACCGCAGGUCACUCGCGCAAAACUACUAUCCCUGCUGUGCCGCUUGUGCCACUCAAGCCAAAGGAUGCAACUGUUCCGGCUUCUCAACGGAAGGAUAGCACAGCUACAUCGACUGCUGAAAGGCCAAGUACUGCUGGUGGUGCUGCGCAGGAAACGCCAGAGGCUGCAACUCCGGCGGCGCCAACAUCUCCCGAGUCAGAGCGGACUGCGACUGCUGCUUCGCCUCCACCAAAACCGGCUGCACCCAAGUCAUGGGCGGAUCUCGUGAGAGCGAAGAACGCCAAUAACGCAGCCGCAUCGUCUGGAACGACGAAUGGAGCUGUUACCACUAAUGGCUUUGCUCCGCCAAAGGCAGACUCGACUGCGGAAGUUCUCCGGACCUAUAACGCCGCCUCGGACCACAAGAUUCCCUUCCUUGAGCCGCGAGGCCUUGUAAAUACUGGCAACAUGUGCUAUAUGAACUCGGUUCUUCAAACACUCGUUUUCUGCAUACCUUUUUACAAUUUCUUGGAUCAGGUUGGCAAGCGUGCGGCAUAUAGCUUCAAGAGCGAGACUCCUCUGAUUGACGCUAUGAUUAUGUUUAUGCGCGAGUUUCCCGUAAUUGAUUCUGCAGCAUCGACAGAGCAGCUUAGACUGAGGCUCAAGGAUACGGAGCUAGAGCAGUAUGGCGACGCGUUCAUUCCGGAAUUUGUCUAUGAUGUAAUCAAACGUCUGCCCAGAUUCUCAUCCAUGAGACGCGGUCAUCAGCAAGAUGCUGAAGAGUUUCUUGGUUUCCUUCUGGCUGGUCUUCACGAUGAGUGCGCUCAUGUCAUGAAGACUGCGCCGCCUCCCCCGGUCACAAACAAAGAGCCCGUAUCAGCAACUUCUGAGUCAAGCGGGGCUGACGGGUGGCUUGAGGUCGGACCUAAGCAAAAAUCAUCGAUCACACGAGAGUCUGGCAUGGAUUUGGACACGCCCAUCACAAAAAUCUUUGGCGGAAAGCUCCGGUCGGAACUUAAGGUCCCGGGUCUGAAGACCUCUGUGACUCUUGAGCCCUAUCAGCCACUCCAACUCGAUAUUGGCGCGCCAAACGUUAACAACAUCAUUGAAGCUUUGAAGGGGCUUACCCGCCCGGAAACUCUUCAGGGCGACUUUAACUCUCCUCGCGGACCUGGCACAUCCGCGACAAAGCAAGUCUUUAUUGAAACACUCCCGCCUGUCCUUAUCCUUCACCUCAAGCGCUUCCAGUACGACAACACUGGAGGCACACAGAAGAUUUGGAAGAAGGUUGGUUACCCACUGGAAUUGGAAAUCCCCAAGGAAGUCUUCCCGCAACAUAUCCGUCCUGGUUUGGCCGUCAAGGGUGGCUCACCCAAGUACCGCUUGACCGGUGUCGUAUACCACCACGGCAAGAAUGCCAGCGGUGGUCAUUACACUGUCGAUGUCCGUCGCCAGGAAGGCAAGGAGUGGAUUCGGAUGGAUGAUACCAUCAUUCGCCGCGUUCGCAGCGAGGAUGUUUCCGAGGGCGGCAGCGAGGAAGAUCCUCGUCUGCUGGCCAAGGCUCUAGAGCAGCACAAGCGAGACCAGAACGCCAACAAGAACAUCUUUGAGCAGGCAGGCUUCGAGGAGGAUGACGACCAGCAAUCCGAGGGUGGUUGGAACCAGGUCAACGGUUCGGGGGCCGCUGGAGCCGCUGGCAAGAAGUGGGCAGGCGUCGUCAACGGCACGGCAACUCCCAGCUCGACAGGCAAGAGGACGCCUCUGCCUGACAAGGGGGCCAAGGACAGCAAGGUGGCCUACAUCCUAUUCUACGAGCGCAUGAAGCCUUAA